UGACGGUUUGUAGCAAUGGCGGCGGCUGAGAAUAAUGUGGAACUGAAGCGAAAGGCAGAAGAUAAUCUAGAAGAAGAUGGAGAGGAAGAAGAAUGGGUCGGACCCAUGCCGAGCGAGGCUACAAAGACCAAGAAAAGAAAAGUCCUCGAGUUUGAAAGGGUGUAUCUGGACAACCUCCCGUCAGCUGCCAUGUAUGAACGGAGCUACAUGCACAGAGAUGUUAUUACACACAUAGUUUGUUCCAAGACAGACUUCAUUCUCACAGCCAGCCAGGACGGUCAUGUCAAGUUCUGGAAGAAGAAGGAGGAAGAGGGAAUAGAGUUUGUCAAACAUUUUCGUAGUCAUCUCAGUGUGAUCGAGAGCAUUGCAGUCAGUGCUGAAGGGGCUCUUUUCUGCUCUGUUGGUGACGAUCAGGCCAUGAAAGUUUUUGAUGUUGUUAACUUUGACAUGAUCAACAUGCUGAGGCUGGGCUUUCAUCCCGGCCAGUGUGAGUGGAUCUACAAUCCAGGCGAUGCCAUUUCCACAGUUGCCUGCUCAGAAAAAUCCACAGGGAAGAUUUUUGUCUAUGAUGGGAGGGGAAGCAACCAGCCGCUCCACGUCUUUGAUAAGAUGCACUCUUCUCCGCUCUCCCAAAUCCGCCUCAAUCCCAAAUUCCGAGUCAUCGUCUCUGCUGACAAAGCGGGAAUGCUGGAAUACUGGACAGGCCUCCCAAAUGAAUUCAAGUUCCCCAAACACGUGAACUGGGAAUAUAAAACAGACACAGACUUGUAUGAAUUUGCAAAACACAAAACAUACCCAACUAGCCUGGCGUUUUCCCCAGACGGGAAGAAAAUGGCCACCAUCGCUUCAGACAGGAAAGUCCGGAUCUUCCGCUUUCUCACCGGGAAGCUCAUGAGAGUAUUUGAUGAAUCUUUGACUAUGUUCACAGAGCUGCAGCAGAUGAGGCAGCAGCUGCCUGACAUGGAGUUCGGGAGGCGGAUGGCUGUGGAGAGAGAGCUGGAGAAGGUGGACGGGAUCCGGCUGACGAAUAUCAUCUUUGAUGAGACAGGACACUUUGUGCUUUACGGCACCAUGCUGGGCAUCAAGGUCAUCAACGUGGAAACAAACAGGUGUGUACGGAUCCUGGGUAAGCUGGAGAACAUCCGUGUGGUCCAGCUGAGUCUAUUCCAGGGCGUUGCCAAGGCAACACAUGUAGCCCCGACUGUAGAGAUGACGGCAUCAGACAAUCCGGCUUUGCAGAACGUGGAGCCUGACCCCACCAUAUUCUGCACAGCGUUCAAAAAGAACCGCUUCUACAUGUUCUCAAAGAGAGAACCAGAGGACACAAAGAGUGCAGACUCAGACAGAGACAUCUUCAACGAGAAACCCUCAAAGGAGGAGGUGAUGGCUGCCACGCAGGCUGAGGGUCCUAAGAGGGUUUCUGACAGCGCCAUCAUUCACACCACCAUGGGAGACAUCCACAUCAAGCUUUUCCCUGUAGAAUGUCCCAAAACUGUGGAGAACUUCUGCGUCCACAGCAGGAACGGUUACUACAAUGGACACAUCUUUCACAGAGUCAUCAAGGGUUUUAUGAUCCAGACUGGAGACCCCACUGGCACAGGAAUGGGAGGAGAGAGCAUCUGGGGAGGAGAGUUUGAGGACGAGUUCCAUGCCACGCUGAGACAUGACCGGCCUUACACACUCAGUAUGGCAAACGCAGGCCCCGGCACAAAUGGCUCACAGUUCUUUGUCACUGUUGUUCCCACUCCCUGGCUCGACAACAAGCACACUGUGUUUGGAAGAUGCACCAAAGGUAUGGAGGCUGUCCAGAGGAUCUCCAACGUCAAAGUGAACCCCAAGACCGACAAACCGUACGAAGACAUCAGCAUCAUCAACAUCACCAUAAAGUGAUCAUACAGCUUAAUCAUGUCCUGUACAGCAAUGUUUGUUUUUUACUAGAUUGUCUUAUUAAAGAGGAAAUGGGAAAGGGA